CUGACCUAGUUUCGGUUUCGUGAAUGACGGUACGGCUUAACCCGAGUGUCGGCACUAUAAAUUCAAUUAAAAAAAAUAAACUGUCAUUUCAAGGUAGAUAUUCACAUCAGCAAUACAUCACCCAGAUACAAGCAAUAGAUCUAGACUCUAUAUAACCAUGUCUGGCACCAACAAUGAAAGUGGUCUGAAAAUAACGGCCAGCCUCUGUGAGUCACCACGUGCACUACGCAGACGCAUGCCAGGCAGUGCAGAGUCAGGCAUCACAGUGACUCCAAAACCAGGGUACCCCCCUGCGGUGUACACAGUUGUACGAGACAGCUCUCAAGUAGAUGGUGGACGCCCUGGCUCCGGUGUGUCCAUCCACCGAGGCAACGUUCAAACACUGAAUGAAGUCCUAGGCACCAUCACCAUUGGCGAUGUUGUUGAAAAUAAAGCUUUCCAAAUUUUUGUGAUGAACUUCUCCGACAGCAAGAACUACACAUUCUGUGUGAAGAAGACCGACCUAGUGGAGCACCUGAUGAAGCUGAUCCAGGAAAAGCUGCGCAUCCCCCCUGAGCAGCAGGUGCUGCAAUAUGCCGGCAAGAACCUGGCUCGUGACAUCAAGCUGGAACACUACGGCAUCAAACCUGAGUGUACAGUCCACCUGACUGGUCGUCUCAGGGGUGGAUGAACACUUUAGGCUGAAACAUUGUGUAGGCCUACAAACUCCAGUGUUAGAAUAGUGAAAAACUGCAACAUUUAAAACAAUAAGGCGAGCUUGUGAUAGUGAUGUAAGCAACAGCUGGUAUAAGUUGUCAUAGUGAUGUAAGCAACAGCUGGUAUAAGUUGUCAUAGUGAUGUAAGCAACAGCUGGUAUAAGUUGUGAUAGUGAUGUAAGCAACAGCUGGUAUAAGUGGUGAUAGUGAUGUAAGCAACAGCUGGUAUAAGUUGUGAUAGUGAUGUAAGCAACAGCUGGUAUAAGUUGUGAUAGUGAUGUAAGCAACAGCUGGUAUAAGUGGUGAUAGUGAUGUAAGCAACAGCUGGUAUAAGUUGUGAUAGUGAUGUAAGCAACAGCUGGUAUAAGUUGUGAUAGUGAUGUAAGCAACAGCUGGUAUAAGUUGUGAUAGUGAUGUAAGCAACAGCUGGUAUAAGUGGUGAUAGUGAUGUAAGCAACAGCUGGUAUAAGUUGUGAAAAAAACAAAAUCAGCUACCUGUGGGAUGACCCGCAACGGUUUGAAAGACAAAAUAUUUUAAUCCACACGAAGAAGUGUAAGCCUGUUUUUGGUAUGUUGAGCCCUGUUAGUGAGAACUGUUUUGUUCCAGAUUUCUAUAACCUUCAAAUAUCUGACGGCAAAUAAGAAAGAAAUAGUGAUAGCCCCGCCCCAAAGUUAUUAAUUCAAACAAUUUUGUAGUAAUCUAAUGCAUAACGUAAAACUUUGGCCGAAUGAACUUAAUUCUAUACACGAUUUGUUCUUACAAACUUGAAUCACUUAAUUAUUUAAAUUAUUUAAUUGUAAAUAUAUAUUUUAUUCUGUGUUAAAAUGUUGAUCAGUUUGUUUAUAACUUUGAUAGUUUUAUAUAUUACUUGUAUUUGCACCCAUUCAAUUUGUUUUUCUUCCUUAUGGACUGUGUGGUUAAUUGUUCAUGUGAAGUCCUUGUUGUAAAUAGCUGAUGUCAUGUGAAGUCCUUGUUGUAAAUAGCUGAUGUCAUGUGAAGUCCUUGUUGUAAAUAGCUGAUGUCAUGUGAAGUCCUUGUUGUAAAUAGCUGAUGUCAUGUGAAGUCCUUGUUGUAAAUAGCUGAUGUCAUGUGAAGUCCUUGUUGUAAAUAGCUGAUGUCAUGUGAAGUCCUUGUUGUAAAUAGCUGAUGUCAAUUGUUGAUGUUGAAUAAAACAAAAGAAAUAUGAAAAC